AUGACAAGCAAGCCUCUCAGGUCAUCCUGGACGGAGAUGAUGCUAUGUGGCCCAAAACACUUCGUGGCUCAGCGAGUUAACUUGAAGUCCGGUAAGGUCAAAGCGACAUUCAGAGGCCAUGCUGGGCCGGUAACUUCGUUGGCAAUAUUCCACCAUCCUAUCACACCUCAACAAAAACGGAAAAUCCUAUUUACGGCCUCGUGGGACAAGACGAUCAAAACAUGGGACGUCGAGACCCAAGUUUUAUUAUCGACCUCCACCGGCCAUGUCGAUUUUGUCAAAUCGAUUCAUAUUAUUUCUACGCUUGGUCUUCUGGUGUCCGGCUCAACAGACCGGGAUAUUCGAUUAUGGGACUUCAAACGGUCGAUCGAAUCGUUUAAAUGGAGCGAGAUUGAUGCACAAUAUGAUGCGCGAAAGCGGGCAAAGAUCGAGGCGAAUCGGACGAAAACCGCGCAUGAGAUUGCUGCUGAGGAUGCCAUAGAAGACGCUCCGGGUGGCCUGCCAAAUUUCAACUCUCCAUCCUUGAGCACUCGGGCCAAAUGGCCGGGCGCAAUGUAUGGUCCGAUGGCUUGUCUGGGCACACUCAAAUCACACACCCGUCCGAUCGACUCUCUUAACGCUUUCCCGACCGUUUGCGCAACAGAGGAAGAGACUUACUCCAGCAGGAAGAACGGCACCUCUCCCUAUCUGCUCGUCUCUGCUGAUUCCAUGGGCACCCUUAAAGUCUGGCUGGUCCCUUCCAACUUACAAGCCGAACAAGCCGUCCUCGAUUCCACUUCCUGGCCCCAUAAGACUAGCAUCAAUGAUAUCCAAAUCGGCUGUGAUCUCCGACACGAUAUCGAUCAUCAGACGACUGCUCAACUCUGGACGGCCUCUGCCGAUAACUCUGUCCUCCAUUCCACUCUCCAUCUCUUGCCAUCAUCCGCCCAGCGGAUCGUAAACAUCCUCCGGAUCGAGCAACCUUACUUCGUUCGUUGUCUACUCAAUCUACCGCUGUUUUUUGCUCAAACGAUCCACUCAGAUUCGGCGUUUCCGAACUGGUUAAUCACUGGUAGCACGGACGAAGAUAUUCGGAUCUUUGACCUCGAGUCUCUCGAUGACCAGAAACACUCCACCUCAAGCAACCACCCUAUCCGAAAACCGGCGCCUUCUUCCAGUCCUCGGACAGUAUCUAAUGGCUGGUUUGGGUCUCUUAAAGCACAUUGGCACGAGGUGAAUUGUUUGAAGAUUUGGAUCGAUUCCCAGACAAAACAGCGUUGGCUGGUCAGCUCGGGCUUAGACGGAACCCUACGCAAGUGGGAGUUAUCAUACCUUCAACUACGCUUCGCUCCUCCUCAAGUCGGCCCCAAGGCUUCUCACUCAGCUCCUUGUCAAUCUAAAUCUGACCUCAAAAAGGAACCUCAAUUCGAAUUGACUGCUGAAGAAGAAGCCGAAUUAGCAGAACUCAUGGGCGAGAUGAAAUGACAUGUAAAUUGUAACUAUUUUUUUUUGAGAUGUUUGGCCCCACCAGUAGUGUAAUAAACCCUUGCUGUAAGUCAACUUACAACCAGGUUUCAACAUCCAAAAUCAAAUUUCUUCUUGGUGUGUAUGUUCCUUGGAGGUCAUCAGAGUCCAGUGCAUCCAUUCACAACAGAGUUGCAGGUGUCCUUUGCAAGGAUUUGUCAGGAAAAGAGGAGGAGGAUUCAGUGGUGCCUCCGCAAGGAUUGGAGGAUUUACUGGUUAAAUGGAGCUGCAGGCAGACAACUCAUUGCCCUUCCUUGAAUCCUUACAAACAUAAGGGCCAAUGUUCUUCUUACAGCAUAGAUAGAAAAUGUACUGCCAUCUGGGUCUUGGAUUACAUGCAAAGUAAUAUAUACACACAGCAUGGGCUGAAGUGCUUUGCCUCUAAC